UGUACAUCUGUUAACUGUUGCAUUUUGCAAUAUUACUUACACUGUUCACACUGUUGUGGCUCGGUUUGGUUGUGUUGUGUGCAUUAUUCUCGGGUUUAUUGCAGUCAUUGCAAUUGUUUGACAUUUGUGAAAUUAAAAUCUUUACAUUCAGUUUAGUAUAGAUUAUCAGUUUAACCCGAAAGCAAUUUGAAGUGUAGUUAACUUUAUUUGCUAGAUAAAAUCUAGAUUCAUAGGUGAUACAACUCACCAGCUGAGGACUUAGUGCUGCUUGCAAUUGUUUAUGGGUGCAAAUGGGUACGUUUAUAUUCUGCAGUAGAAAAAAGUUGUAUGUAUGAGCAAAACAUUGAAGAGACAGAAAAUUCUGAAUAAUGAUAUAAGAUAUAUUGUUUUUCUUGUGGUUGGUGUCAAACUAUGUAUGAGAAACUUUUAGAGAUUUAGUAAAAAAAAAAGAAAGAUUAAACCAGCACAAAUUUGACUGCAGAUCAUAAAAUGUUACAAACGGUGUCUUAAUUAAUCAUGAAAUUAAUUGUAAACAAUUAGCAAGAUGAGAAGUAAUUUUGUAUGUACAGUACAUGAAUAUGAAAUGAGCAUACAGUACAGAUGUUUGAAAUGAAUUUGCAUAACUACCAUCUACAGUUUUUCUUCCCUUUUUGGCUAUUUCAAAAAGCCAGUCCAUUACCAUUUUUGGGGGGAGAAACAAUAUUGUAUGAACCUUGAUAAAUGUUUACAGUUGACUAGCAUGUAAACAUUGCGACUGAUUCAGGGGUUUGGUGUAUGAGAAGCUGGUUAUUUUCUGUUUGUGUUACUCUUGAGAAAGUCGGUUACCUUGGUGAGAUGUUGAGUAAUGGUUUCUUGAGCUACACGAAGCAUUUUUGUUCCAUAUUGUCCAGUCAUCUUUGUGAUAUCAACAUGAAAGUUCUUAGAGAGACAGAAUUCACAUAAUAUAGCAUUUAUCCAACACGAUGGGCUUGUGGGAGUGGAACUUCGUAUACUCAGCAGGGUCACAGCCAUUACACCAACCAGAAAUGGAGGGAACAGGGCCACAAUCACUAUACCCACAAGAACUAUGUCAAGCAAGACUACUGUCACUACACCACAGCCAGAUGGACCCGAGUUAGAAUCACUACACCUACCACAACCUGAUGGAACAAGUAUACAAGCACCAAUAUCAGGUGGAACAGUUACAAGCCUUCUCAGCAAAUCUCCCCAGAUACAACACAUUAAGUCGAGUCUUGUGAACAUGACGGGGCUGGAGGUGACAGAAGGCCGGCUAACGAGGCGUCGUGGUGGCCGAAGAAUUGGUCAGGUUAUUGUUCACUGCAUACGAACACUAAUUCUCAUAUUAAUGUAUUACACAUGCUCCAUUGGCCUCACAUUUUAUCAGAAAAAAUUAUUCAGGGAUUUCAAGUUUCCCUUAACAGUAGUAAUAGUGCACCUGUUUAUGAAGUUUGUGCUAGCGGGAAUAUUCCGGGCAACAUACACUCUAGCAACGGGUAUCCCCAGGGUGUUGCUUCCCUGGGAUGUUUACUGGAGGAGAUUAUUACCUCCUGGAGCAGCUGCCGGCAUUGAUAUUGGCCUCUCUCAAUGGUCGCUUGAGUUUAUAACCGUAGCCUUGUAUACAAUGUCCAAGUCUACAGCUCUGCUAUUUAUUUUAAUAUUUGCAAUUAUCUUCAAAUUGGAAGAAAUGAGAUGUAGCGUAGUGAUCCUGGUUGUGCUCAUCACUAGUGGGCUCUUCCUCUUCACGUACAAGUAUACACAGUUCAACCUCUUUGGCUUUCUUCUUGUUAUUACCGCUUCUUUACUCAGUGGUCUGCGAUGGACAUUAUCCCAGCUGGUGAUGCAGAAAUCUGAGCUGGGACUGAGUAACCCCAUUGACAUGGUGUAUCACAUACAGCCGUGGAUGACUGUGUCCCUCCUACCCUUGGCCAUCAUCAUGGAAGGCACAGAAAUAGCAGCAAGUGAAUAUGGAUUUCGGUUCACUGACUCGUCUGACACUUUGUUUAUGUGGGGUAGAGUUAUGUUUGGAGCUGUCCUUGCAUUCUUCAUGGAGGUUUCGGAGUACCUUGUAGUCGUUUACACCUCAUCCCUUACAUUCUCUAUUGCGGGCGUGGCCAAAGAGAUCAUGACACUGUCACUAGCAGUCUAUGUCUACAGUGAACAUCUGACAUUCAUAAAUUUAAUGGGGUUAGUCCUUUGUAUCAUUGGCAUCACAUUCCAUGUUGUGCUGAAGGCUGUACAUCCGCCCAAGCCACCUCAGCAGCCCAUUCCCUUAUCACCAACAGAAAGUUACCAAAAGGUACCCUUGCUCUCGGAUACAGAUGGUGAGGAGCAGGAAAUUUACUCAAGGUAGUUCAUGGUAAGAAUGUGUGUGUUUGAAUUGUUAAAAAUAGUCUGGACCAGUAUGGUUCAUAAAGGGGCACUGGUAAAAAUAUAUAUAUCCCCAUACACGCAGGCAUGCAUGAAUCCAAUUAGUUUCUGUGAAGACUAAUUUCCGUCUGUCUUUUGUUACAGUUUUAUAUAAAAUAUUAUGCAGUGUUAGUGGUUUGAUUUUUUACAUGCUCUUAAUGAUUGUGGAUGUGUGUUUUAGACAAAUUUGACAGUUUUUGUUAAGCCACUGUUAACUUGUCUAAAUGUCUAGGUCAUGGAAAGUGUUCUCAACCUGGACCAGGAUUCAUAAAGCGGCUAUGCAAGCACCUGCGAACCUAUACAUCUUUUCUCAAUCUUUGGCGGCUUUGUUUACAAUUAUUAAACAGUUAAUGAGCUCCAAAACACCAGGAGGCUGUUUAUAACAAUAACAACAGUUGAUGGAGAAGUUUCCAUGCUUGUAAACUGUUUAAUAAAUAUAACCAAAGCCGUCAAAGAUUGAGGAAAGAUGUACACGUUAGUAAGCACUUAACUGCUUUAUGAACCCAGGUCUUGGUCGGGAGCCGAGACCUCCUAGGAAUGUGAAACAUGUUCAUAACUGUAAAACAGACAAGGUUUAUAGCCUAUGGUGCACACACAAUAAUGUACAACAAUUAUUGACAAGGACCGGUGUAAGUUAAGUUUAUUUUAUUUAUUUUGGUGUUGCCAAGCAGCAAAAUAAAUAAUUUUAAACAAUUAUUAAUAUUGGUGUUAAAACUUUUGCUAGUCACAAUGUAAAUAAACUUGAAUUUAAGAUAUAUAGUCUGUUAGCUUAGUUAUUCAAUACAGUGCAAUGGUAGGACAAAAUUUACUGCUAAUCAACGAAGGGCACUUUAGCAAGCAUGCAUAAAGGGAAGAAAGAAGCCAUGUACUUAUUUUGAGAAGUAUUUAUAUAUGUAAAGAUGUCAACACGUGAAUACUGAAAAAUAUGAGACUUCACAACAAUAACAAGUUUAAUGUAUAGUA